CGAUGGAAGACGGCCGCGGUAUGGACAGCAACGGAUUCUCAGCACACUGCUGCUAGUGGCGGCCAGCGUUUAUAGUGUUGACGACGACGACGAUGGAGACGCGAAUAAUGGCUACGUAAUGUUCUCGUUCGUGGCUCAGGUGCAGCUGUUGACGGGCAAACACCAUGUGUUUGCAACAGCGGUGGCGUUCGGCAACGCUACCGUUAUGGUGGCAACGGCGGGGACGACCAUGAUCAUCGAUAAUGACACCGAGCCCAGGUUCACGUUCACCCAGAGCUUGUUCAUUGGGUUCAUGUCGUGCGUGCUCGCUUUUGUCACCGUUACGGGCAACAUUAUGGUCAUGGUGUCGUUCAAAAUCGACAAGCAGCUGCAGAAUAUCAGCAACUACUUCCUUUUCAGUCUGGCGCUGGCUGAUUUUUUGAUCGGGCUCAUAUCCAUGCCGCUGUUCACCGUGUACACCAUACUCGGCUACUGGCCUUUCGGCAAGCACGUGUGCGACGGAUGGCUUGCGCUCGAUUAUCUAGCCAGCAAUGCGUCCGUGCUCAACCUGUUGUUGAUCAGCUUCGACCGGUACCUUUCCGUCACCCGUCCGCUAACUUACCGGGCCAAGCGGACCAAGAACAAAGCGCUACUGUUCAUAUGUAAAUAUAUACUCACUCUACUUACCGUAUAUGCCUAGGUACCUAUAAUAAUAGCAACACAUAAAUUGUGUAUAGAUUCUUAAUAAUGUGAUUUGUAAUCCUCUUUGGAAUUCGUCUCUCUGGGCUUAUGAUUUUUUUAGCUUAAUAACUCUAAUAGCUGAACCUAUCAUACCAUUAAUAUCUAACCGACGCACUGCAGGUACGUAUUUCAAAUCGCAUUAGUUGGUAGGUAGUAAAAAGUUUCGUCAAGACUUUCUAGGAUCUAGGUCCCUCUGUAUAUCAAAAAUUAUGUAUGUCCGUAUAUUACAGCUUUAUACUAACAUCCAUGAGCUCGUAUAUAGGUACACGGCGGAGGUUUCACGUAAAGUGCCAAGGGACAAAAAGAAGAAAUCUGCUGUAUUUAGAUAAAUUGGACGUAGCUUUAUACCGUAAUGUACCUAGAGAGUAUAAAUUAUUAUAUUAUUACUCACACAUUAUACAGGUACGAAUCCGGCAGUGCGUAUAAACUCAUUAUUUUUGACGUUUCCGACGCGCGAAAUCUUGUGAUAUUUCGAAAAUCUACUACGUGAUUCAAUAAAAGAGAUAGGUUUUAAUGGUUUGAGUGCAUUUUAGUAUUGUUGGUAUGUUACAGUAUAUUAAAUUACCUUGGAUAAUUUGUCUUCUUUCUGCGUGUUAUAAACUUUCAAACAACAGACAACGUUUUUUUCUCCGGCGCAAAAUAAGCCAAUUAAAUUAAUAAAAUACAUAGGUCCCUAAUGGAAAAAAAAAAAUUUAAAAUUAUUUGAUUUGUACGUGUAAUCUUGUUAUUGCAUUAUUGAAUACUGGAUAACAUUUAUUUUUCUUCUUUUUCAAACUAACCCAUUACUUCGUAUUGUAUAAUUACUAGUGAUUUAUUAUUAUGAAUAGAUCAUUUAUAUAGGACAACUGCAACUACUAUAAAAGUGUAAUCAUAAAGGCUACGUAAAUUCAAGAGAUCCGUUAAAAAAAAUGACUUUAUUUCAAAUAUGUACAACAUACUAUAUCUGUUUCGGAACAAAAUAUUAUAAUAUAUAGUAUGUUUUUACGAGCAUUAUUUAAAUUAUGGUAAUUUGCGGUAGGUACAAAAUUAUUAUAAAAUUGAUCGCACUGUAUUGUGUUUCUGUUAUUUAGGAAUGUUUAUUAUAUUUAUAGGCAACUUCUAGUGGCUCCGUCUGGAUCGAAUGAGCUUAAUCUGGGGAAGUAAAAUUGUUUAGAUUUAAGUGAUAAAAGUUGGGUUGGGUUUUAUUAGAAAUAUUUAAUCGUGUUGAUAUGAGUGUAAAGUGUUUUUUUUUUUUAAACUUUCUGCAUCUGUAAAGAUUCCCCAAAUGAAGCCAAGUGGGUGAAAUUCAGUAACCAUUUUUUUUUCUUGAAGUACCUAGUAUAAUAUUGUUUGGUGUAAUUUAGUAGGUAUCUAAUGUAUUAUUUAAAUAUCCGGUUAUUUAUUGUUUUGCAAAGAAUAUUGUAUUAUACAAAAUUAACGGAGGAAAAUUCUGUUGAUGGAACUCUGCUGCUCACAGAUGUUUUUUUUUUUUUAAAUAUGUAUAUUAAAUUGUCGUUUUUAUACUCAGUGGUUAAAGCGGGGAAUAGUGGAACUACAUUUACCGAAAAUUAAGAGGCGUUUCCGAGAACUAACUAAACCUACCCAAACUUUCGGAAAUACAUCAUGGAGACAAGACUUCCAAAAUGUUUUUCUGUCGUACACAUUUGUUUAUAUAAAUAUUUUACUAAUAGGGUUUAAAAAUUUACCGCAACUCACCUGGUUUCAAUAUAACUAAUUUGAGUUAAAAAUGUCCCAGUUAAAAUAACUAAAGCGUGCCCCAGGACUUCGAAAGCUUAAACUAAAGGGGACUGAUAAUUUUACCUUAAAUAAGAAAGACGGUUCCGUUCCCCCACUUAAACUGUUGUAUAAUAUUAUAUUAUAUUAUAGUACAAUUUAUUAUAACGAUUAUCUGGACGUCAAAAACAAAUUUUAAAAAAAAUACCCCCAAUGCGAAUAAUUAAUUGUUGUACUCUCGUUUCGCCGCGUAUUUAUAUUAUUAUAUGGUGUUGUUGAAAUAUUGCAGAACUUUCGUAUUUCUGUAUUGUUUCUUGCAUUCGAGUUGGAAAUUAUAUUCAAGUGUAUAUCCGCGGUAGAUUAUUGUUGUCUUAAAUAGUCAAAUAUUUACGGACCGUGAUGAAAAUGUCGUUAUUAAAUUGAUUAAUGAACGGAUUAAUUGACAGGCGACCGUAAACACACAAUACGAAUAAACCAUGUAAGCGUUAUUAAUGCACAAUAUUACCCGUUAUAUUAUAUUAUACUGUUGUAGUAAACUAUAUAAGUAAAAACAAAUUGUAAAAUGGAUAGUAUAAUUUUUCGGCUAUGAAAUCCGCGGGACAGUUUGUCCAGGACAACAGUGAUUGACACUGCCGCAGAGUUAAAGAAAAUAGGAUAAUUUUAAAUAGUUAAUUUCGAUUUUUUUUUUUUCACGCUAAAAUUCGAUUACCCGUAUAUGUGUACACCAUAUUAGAUUCUAAGCGAAGCGAGGAAUUUAUUUGUUUUACUAUGAUGUGUGUGUGUUUUUUUUUAUGUGUCUCUGUAAAUUAAUCUUUCUACCAGAAAUUUUGUAACUUUUUACACGUAUAUGGUGCAUUGAAGAGAUCAUUUUUCGAUUUUCCGGGCAGUUUUCUUAAUAAAUGGGAAAAACCGGCAAUUUGUUUUUUAGUUUUUUUGUUAAUUCUGGAUUGCUUUGACAGCAAGGAACAAAUACGAUUAAUAAUAUUCUGCUCAAUAUCGUUUUUUCAGCAAUAUUAAUUUAUCGUUGCGUACAGAUAUAAAUUAAAUUACUCUGUACAUACUCCCUUCCAACCUAAAACAGUGGCACACCCAUCAAAAAUAUAUGAGCCUUAAAUAAUAUGAGUUUCUUAUUAUUGUACCUACUUAUAGACAUUUACUCAUAUACUUACACUGUGUUUAUUAAAACAAUUUUUAAUAGUUUAUUUAAUUGUACCUAGAUACGGUCAUACAUCGCACGAUGGGUGGGCAACUGUUGUAAGUGAGAAUUUGGGAAGGUAGAGGGAAAACUCAAUUAUGUAUAUCUGUACGCAACGAAUAAUCAUUGCUAACGAAAGACCAUUCUGAGUGGAGUUCAGUUAAUAUUGUUGCUUUACCAACAAUAUGAUAUAAUAUAUAUUAUAACCAAAUGAUUACGUAUACAUUACAUAUUUUCUUUAAUAAUAUUUGUUUAAUAUUGUACUUAUUUUCACAAUUUUCCUACGUUUUUCGCCAUCUAUUAUGAAAAAUCCUGGGAAAAUCAAAAAAUGACCUCUCUAAAGUACCACCCCAAUCAGAUUUCCUGUCAGAAAAAGUACUACACUUGAAAAUUGGAGUAAAAUUCCUGGUAAAAAAGUUGUUCACAUUAAAAAUAAUAAUAAUAAAUAAACAUCAUUGUAAAACCAUUACAUUCCUCGCACCACUCAGAAUCUAAAAUAUUUGCCGGUUUCCAAACACAGACAGUUAUUUCGCCUUUUUUAAUUAUUCGAUAUAGAGUGUGACGUUUAUUAGUACAAAACAAGUUUAAAGCGUAAAAUGAAAAAUAUUUCAAAACAUUAAGUAUUAAAUACUUCAUUGUUAUCAACAAAAAGUUUUAUUGCGAUCAUGUUGCGCGUCAUCUUUAGGCUAAAAAAAUAUACCUAUAUUAUUUUAUUUUAUUUUUUGCAUUAUUGUAAAACAUAAUUAACGAAAUAAUUAUUUUUCAACCAUCUACCUAUACAUGUAUAGUAUACACGAGCAUACUUGAUAUUCUCUUUAAUAUUCUCUCCAAUGAAAAAGACAUUAUCCUUUUUCAUUAAUAAUAACGGGAUGGAGUUCGAGCGACGCAAAGCGGCUUUAAGUGAUGUUGAGAAUUUAUUUAAUUUACGACUUUGAUGAACUGUUAAAUUAGUUUCGAGUUAAUCUCGAAGAGAAUAUAUACAUAAUGUACAGAAUCUUAAUAAUUAUUAUUAAUAUUAUUAUACUCCGCGGUAUAAUAAACCUGCAAGUAUAUUAAUUUUAGAUUGUGAAGGAAACGAGGAAUGUAUUGGUUGUACAACGAUUUUAUUUAUUUUUAUCUGUGAAAAACUUUUCUACCAGAACUUUUGAUUCGAUUUUCAAGCGUUACAUCUUUUCUAAAAUAAAAUUUUCCCAGGGUGAUACUCUAAGGAUGUAAUUUUUCGAUUUUUUCCCGAGGUUUUCAUAAUAAAUGGGAAAAACCUAAAAAUCGGGAAAAAAACAGGAAAAUUUACGACAUUCAUUUAUUCAAAUCGUAAAUAUUACGGCCUUUCAAAACAUAUGUAUAACCGAACUCCACUCGCAAUCGUUUUUUAUUAGCAAUGAUUAAUCGUUGCAUACAGACGCCCAUUAAAUUUCCCCUCUACCUUCCCUACUUCUCAUCUAUAACAGUAGCCCACCCGUCGUGUGAAAUACGUCUGUCUUUUAUUCAAUCCACUUUUGACAUUUCAAAUACCGAUUAAUGUACUACUUAUACGAUCCGAUGAUUUUUUUUUUUUAUUAUUCAUCUCAGCGGCCGCGUGGAUCAUUUCACUUGGUUUGUGGCCGCCGUGGAUUUACCUGUGGCCGAUCAUCGAAGGUCGUCGAACCGUGCCCGAAAGACAAUGUUAUAUACAGUUCAUACUGACCAAUCAGUACAUUACUUUCGGCACGGCCAUUGCCGCCUUUUACGUUCCGGUGACGGUGAUGUGUUUUCUGUAUUUCCGAAUAUAUAGAGAGACGAAGAAGCGGCAAAAAGACUUACCGAAUCUGCAAGCCGUAAACAAACCGCAAAAGUGAGAGAGUGAAAGAUAAAAAAAAAAAAAAAAACCGUUAAAUACGUACGUGUUGUAACAAUAUAAACAAAAUUACUACGAUUUCAGCGAUCAACAACAGGAUGAAUCGUGGGGUCGUAUACGGUCCGAGUCGAAUCAAGUGAACUCUCUCGAACGACAGGAGCUGUACGAGACCAGUUCAUUGCGCAAAGCGUACUCGCAGUGUUCAUUGGUAUUUAUUAAUCACCGUAAAUAAUAACAAUAGUAAUAAAUUUAAGGUUUUUUUUUUUUUUUUUUUCCGAUAAGUGCGUACCUGCUAAUAUCGUUACAAUUAUAAAUAUAUACGCGUUAUGCUAAUUUAUAAAUUGGCACGCCAUCAGCCUUUUAUGUACUUUUAACGGCACACGGCCAUAAAGAACGUUUCAAACGUUGUUCGCGUAACGCGAUUCGAUAGGUAAAAAUGCGCAUCAUUUACGAACAAAUAAUAACGAUAUGAAUAAUAGUAACGAGGUAAUCUUUUCUCUCGUGUUUUACCGCGCAGACACAUAAACGGGACACAUUGUUUUAUGAAUAAUCGCCGACGAACCGUAAUCCCUACGAUUUAAGAAAAACCCGCUCGCGACUGUUCGAUUUCGGUCGGGUUCGUCACAUUAUAAAUUCCCCGCGUACGGCGAAACGUCCGAUUACGUGGCCGGGCGCGGACGGUUUGUGUUCUUGUUGACUAAUCGAAUUCCAACAGUCGUCACAAGACGCGCGCAUUAUCCCCGCGGAUUCACCCGGCUUAUAGUUCGGGAACUCGAAACCGCGCGUUCCGCGUGCGGCUCGAUAAAUGCCGGCGCGUAAGCGUGGGCCCGGCAGGUCGUAUUCUCGCCAGAGGACAAUCUACACGGGCCGCGCAGAGAAUAAACACAAGCGCAAUAUUGUGUUGGUUCCCGUACACCAACACUGUACAGUGUCGACGAAGGGUUCGCGAAACAAAUGUGUGUAAAAAAAAAAAAAACAAUACGAUAUUGCAGUGUACCGCGCGAUAUUAUAAACGGCCGUCGUCUCGCCGAUAUUACUAUUUACGUAAACAGCAGCAUCACGCCCCCUGAGACUAUUGCCCGACACACUUGAUCCGCAGUAUUUGAUAUUACGUUCGCGCUGCCCGAAACGCCCGUCUAAACUGCGCGGCCACCGCGGUCUUGUUUUAGAAAGCGAGGCGCUUGCUGACGUGGUCGUGGUUGCGCGAUUGGUGCGUAGAUUGGUGGCACUCUGGUCGGGACGACGAUUACGACGAGGAAGACGACCAGACGCCCAGCGACGUGCCGGGCGGUACGAGCGACGGCACGUCCGUCUCCAGGUGGACGUCUCUGAACGUUAUACAUCAGCAGCCCACGACGCCGACCCCGAUGAAAACUUAUCACGGCGUCCACAACAACAACAAUCGGCUGGCCAACCGGUCAUUAUCAAACGAUUCGGUGAGUGUGCCGCGGUCGUAAUAUAACAAUAUCGUUUCUAUUGUCAUCGCGAUCGUACGUAUAGUCGAAAAUAAGUAGUGUAUCAUUUUUUAGUAGUAACAGGGGACAAGGAGAUAUUGUGACGGUGGAAAAUUCCGACGGCUAUUCGAUUGCUCCUCCGAAUGUAAUUGAUAAAUAAAUGAAUAAUAAUCGAUUGCAAUCGAUUUUAUCGGCCGGUAAACACACGAUGUAUAUCAUAUUAUAAUGGAGGUUUUUUUUUUUUUUUUUUUCAUGUUACGGCGUAGGUGUACACGAUCGUGAUAAAGUUGCCGAGCGACAUUGAACAAGAUGUGCCGACGGUGAGACAGUAUCACGGGUGUUACGAGGAUUCACGACUGGUGCACGGGCCGUCGUCAUCAACGGGAACGCUGUCGCGGCGGCCGUCGUCGCAAGACAUGCGGCUUCCUUUGAACGCAGCGAAAAUCGUGCAGUCCAAUAAGCCGCUGACCCGGGCUCAGGGGGCGGCGUUACAGGCCAAGGAGAAGAAAAAGAAAAAAUUCCAAGAGAAGAAAAGCGAACGGAAGGCGGCGAAAACGCUGUCGGCGAUACUAUUGACGUUCAUCAUCACGUGGACGCCGUACAACAUACUGGUGUUGCUGAAACCUUUCACCGCGGACACGGGUAAUGGCACGGAUUUCGGCGGAACGGACAACAAGGAAUGGGUGACGCAGGGCAUGUGGGAUUUUUUCUACUACCUGUGCUACAUCAACAGCACCAUCAACCCGGUGUGUUACGCCCUGUGCAACGCCACGUUCCGCAUGACGUACGUACGGAUACUCAAGUGCAAGUGGAACACCCGGAGGCAACCACCGCACUUCCGCGCGUAGAACCUGACGCAGUGUGGUCGCAGCCGCGGCCGUCACACAGCAGAACGGUCGGGUCGCCGCAGCGUUUUUCGCAUCGCGUCAUCGUCGUAGUUCCGACUCGCGGCCACGCACGAACGUUCGACGACGGCGGCUGCGGAAUCGAAAACUAUGCUAAUAAAAUAAUUAUUAAUAACACUAUUUAAUAACAAACAAAUUAUAUUAAGAAUUCAAAGACUGUUCGCGGAAUCUACACGGUUCCCCAGGCACUAAGUGUAAUGUAUUAGAUGUGUAUAUAUGUAUAUAUAUAAUAUAUAUAUAUAUAUACUAAAUAUUACAUAUUAUUUACCGGAAUAUAAUAUAGGUGUACUAUAUAUUAUGAGUAAUACAUAUUAUAUACUAUAUAUAUAUAUAUAUAUAUAUAUGUGUGUGUGUAUAUAUAAAUACAUUUUAUUACGUAUAUAUAACAAUAUUGUUAACAUAAUCGUAUGGCAUGUACGAGUUUGACGUGCGUACGUGAAGUCCGGUUCACACGAGGUCACAUAUUCGUUUUCAUAAUACUUGACGUACUUAUUUAACUUGACCUUAACUCCCCGACCUCCGAACCCGAUACACUGUACCGGGAUAAUCCGCAGUGUCCCAAGUGCAAAAAAAAAAAACGUAGUACUUUUUCUGAAAAGAGAUUUUAUUCGGGUGGUGCUUUCUGGAGAGUCGUUUUUUGAUUUUCCAGGCGGUUUCCAUAAUAAUCGUGAAAAAACUUAAAAAAUAAACGGGAAAAUUUACGUACACGUAGAAACGUCGUUCAGAAUCGUUUUUUUAUUAGCAAUAAUGGUUUAUCAGAUAUAGAUUAAAAUUUCCCGACUUCUCAUCUACAACAGUGGGCCGCCCGCAUAUGCCCGUAUGGUCCGUUUGUUUUUUUCUUCAGCCGGGGUUCAAAUGUUAUAUGUUUUAAAUGUUGGCUUUGAUGAGCGUGGCACAUGCUAAACGCGAUAGACUGAGACGGAGUGAUGGACAAUUUCCAGAAAUGACUCUAUAUUGCAUCGCCAUUCAAGGAUAACAUUUGGGAGAUAUAAUUUACAAAACCUAACUCGGGGAAAAAAAAAAACCUUUUUGUUAUAAUAUGUGCUUCCGGUAAAUAUAAUUUUUUUUUUUUUCUCUCAUUUAUAUUACGCCAGACCCUGCAGUAUUUCAAAAGGGUACGGUUAAUAACAGUGGAAUAUUGCGCUUGGCGAUUUCACGGCAACCGGCAGUAUCCGCGUCAGAACCAUUCCCAACAUAUUACAUUCGACGGACGAACAAUUACUAACCAAUACCAUUUACCCGUCGGCUGUCUAAAUGCAUUUUUGUUUUCACGCGAUCUGUUAGAACAGUAAGCGCUAGAUUGACAGAUUACGUACGCGCAUAGGAAUAUCGAAAAGACUGAAUAAACACUAAUUUACGAAUAAUCGAAUAAAGACUUCCUCGUAAUAUCUUUAACAUUACGAACUAGGUAUUAAUUUAUCGUGUUGACCACGAACGCGCGCACGUAAAUCGGGCUCAAACGUGUGAACCGGGUUUACGGGGGUGUCUGGUAAACGUACGACGGCGUCGGCGCGUGCCGGGCGGGGCAUAUUUUCUGCGUGCGAAAAUGUCAGCUAAACGCAAAUCAUUACGAUUCGCGUUUGACGUGCUACAUAUUAUAAACGACGCAAGUAGUAGGUUAUUUCUGUUCGUUAGGAAAAAAAAAAAAAAAAAAAAACGGUGUACGCUUUAUAUGCGAGGAAUACCCGCACUGCCCGACACUAGCGCCACGGAAUAUGUGGGUGUCGGAUCUACGCAAUAUGUAUGAAAAAAGUUUCACACUUUUUUGUUAAAACGGACAAAGUUUAUGGUAUUAUCAUAUUGUAUGGCAAUGGAGUAUAUUGUAUUAUUGUGUUGUACCUAUGCGCGUAGUGUGACGCACGAGGACGCUGCCGCCUGAAUAAAUGACUUUUGUUCCGUUCGAAAUGUUCGAGAUUUUUUUUUUUUUUUUUCCUUUUCUUGUAAUAAUUUCCGGAGCUACAAAAACUGAAAAUUCUGAAAUUGUUUUUUCCACAUUAAUCCAAUAUCCAAUGCUGUUUUUACACGCGCGUUUUCGACGAAAUUUCAGCGUUACAAGUGUUUGCCAAUGAUUCGAUUUUUUUUUUUUUUUAAAACCGAUUGUAGUUGUUCACAAAAAUUAUUUUCCGACACCGGCGAACCGAUCGACAGUAUUCAGCGUAGUGCAAACGAAAGCGGUUUAAACUACCGGCAAAACCCCGACACAUUAUAGAGAAUUACCGUUCCGGCAUUAGCGUAAACGUUCGUAACAUCGAUACUUUUUGUUUCGAUAUUAUACGCAACUGACGAAACGCGGAACACGUGUUUCUAAUGUCCGUAUCACAAGGCAAUCAUCGCCGGCAGUUAUAAUCGAGAGAGAGAGAGAGAAAAAAAAAAAUUGCGACCGAUAAAAAUAUUGAACGGAACAAAAGUCAUUUCGGGCGUGCGGAUCUCCGUGUUUACGCCCUGCGUAACACCGCGCGCGCGUGCAAACACGGCGUCGGGACGAAUAACGAUAACGAUAACAAGACGUACGGCUGGUGAUGAUAUUGGUAAUCAACGGUCCGGCGGUAUUUUUCACGAGUAAUACGCACCUAUAAACCGAUAGGGACAGGAAGUUGUUACGCGCGUACCGUGUCCUCCGGAUAAAACGUUAUGUUUAUUUCGAAUCGUUGUGUUUGCGUAGGGAUGACGAAGAAAAAAAAAAUAAAUAUAUAUAUAUAUAUACGUGUAUUGUAUUGUAUUGUAUUGUAUAUUGUAUGACCGCGGGAACCACGCGAAUCUCCGGUACGACUGAAUUACUCAUAAUAGGUUAUAAUUUUUACGUACUAUUGUUUAUAAUACAACAUCCGAUUGUAUUGUAAUAUAUUGUUAUUAUUAUUAUUAUUAUUAUUAUUAUUAUUACAAUUAUUAAUACGUUAAAUCCGUUAACGGAUCAAUACGUUAUCCGCCGGGAUUCGACUAAUUGAUUUCAAAAAACAAGAAUAAAAAAUAAAAAAAAAACAACACGUAGCGACAAUGCAUACGUAUGUAUGUAUUUUAUACGCGCGCGACGAAACAAUAUUGUAAUUUACCGGGAAAAAAAAAAAAAAAAAAUGUAUAAUCAAUAAUUAUAUUGUCAAUAUUGCGCGUAGCGUCGUGCCCGACGUAUUAACUAUUAUUAUUAUUAUUAUUAUUAUUAUUAUUGUGCGUAAUGCGUAGACGUGUAUAAUCGUAAUGUAACCAAUUUAUCGCACGAGUGUGUUUAGACGCGAGUAACAUUGUAAUAUUACAUAGUUUGUUACUAUUAUUUUUAUUUUUUUUUUUUUUAUUAUUUUUUUUUUAUUUUUUUUUUUUCUGUCUGUUUUCUACUUCUGAAUAAUCGCGAUAAUCGUUUCGACUCCAAGAUAUAAUACUAUAAUAACAUUACGCGCAACCGAGUGUUGCGUACACACUUUUGAUUUCUAC